GCUUUGUAUAAUAUAUGCUCUGUUUUAGUUGGCUGUGGCAGAUACUAAUCAAUGCUUUUCUGAAAGUUUUUAAGGCCUCUUGAAAGUUAACGUGCUCUAGAUUUUUUUAUUUGACGUUAUUUGUUAAUUUGAUUUGUUAUGUAAACAAUAAUUGUUUAUAAUAGUAUAAUACGGGACAGUGUAAUGUUUGACAAGAAGUAAAUAAAGCGGUCGCCAUUGUAUGGCUGUUCUGUAUUAUUCUAACAACAAAUGUGAUUUUAAGUGACGCUUAUUUUUUUUAAUUAUCUGUGACCGUUAUUUAUUUUAAUAAUCAAUUCUUCUAUGAAGUAUUAAAUAGGACAAUGGUUCGCAAAAGUGAAAGGAAUAAGGCACAAGGGACGCCAGAGAAAUUUAUUCCUGAGAGGACUAGAAAAAGCACGCGGCAGGCGUUAAGGCGGAAGAAGAAGUCUUCAUCGGAAUCCGAAGGAGAGCCGGAAGUGGUGGUUGAUAAAGAGAUUAAGGAGGUAGAAACUACCAGUGAAUUGAAAGUAAGCGGGGACGGUGGUAUAACGUGGAAGAUUCAAAGUUCGAAUGGUUCUGGUGGUGAAAUUCAAAAAUUAAAAAUAUGUCGGCAAAGGGUUACCGAGUCUAAUGACUCUUCUUCCCCGACUAAAGAAGCUUCACCUCGUAGAAGAAAAUCUACCAGGUCAUCAAAAAAUCUGGAUACACCUAAUGACAGUACAGAAUCUUUAGAGAUUAACAAUGAAGUUUCGGAAGGAAAAACCACCCCUGAAACUCCGGUGAUUCCAGGUCUUGAAAACGACGAGGAUACUAAAGUGAACAAUGACAAUCAAACAGAAUCAGUACCUGAAGAACAACCUGUCAAUGACAUAGAAAUACCGCAGACAAGUUUAGGAGAUGACGCGUCUCCUGAUGCAGAAAAUCCUUCGAAAGAAACCCCAGAAUGUAAUAAUGUUGAACCAGUUGUAGAAAAUACCGGUUCCUCUGAAGAAGCAGUUACAGUCUGUGAUGUACAAAAGAUGGAUGUUGAUAAUGAUGAUAAUAAAUGUCAAUCAGAUUUACUGGUAGUAAAUCAACCGCAAGAAAGUAAACUUACAGACGAGUCUUCCGAGAAGUCUACAGCCGAAUCGGAACAGCCAAUCAAUGUUGAGAAGGAAGUGGAAAGGACUUCGCAAGAAAUUACAAAGCCAGAUGAGGAGAUGGUUACUGAGGAGCAAAGUAGUGCAGUGAUUAGCGAAGAAAAUACUGUAUUAGAUAACGAAGAAAGUUCUCCAGCGGGUAAUAAAGAAAGUACUCCUGCGGACAAUAAAGAAAGUACUCCUGCGGACAAUAAAGAAAUUACUCCUGCGGACAAUAAAGAAAGUGCUCCAGCAGACAGUAGAGAAAGUACCGUGGUGGACAAAGAAGAAAGUUCUGCCAUGGAUAUAAAAGAAAGUCCUUCCAUGGAUAAAGAAGAAAGUCCUGCCAUGGACAAAGAGGAAAAUAAUAUAGUAGAUAAUGAAGUAAGUACCGCAUCGACCGAUGAAGGAAAUACCACCGUUGAUAAAGAAGGAAGUGUUACCUUGGAAAAUGAAGGAGAUACUGUCUUGAAUAAGGAAAACAGUUCCGCAGAAGUGAAUAAUGAAUCAGAUAAAGAAGGAAACAUUCCGGACGUAAGUAAUGCUGGAGAAAGUAACGUUCAAGAAAGUUUAACUCAGCCGGAAGAAACAUCAGAAAAGGAAACACCAAUGAUCUCUGAGAAUUCUGAUGAGAACAAAGAGGAAACAAAACCAGUAGAAAUGGACGAGGUUAAGUUACCAGAGAAAAGUAGUGAAGAAACUGACUCUGAUGAAGUUCGAAAGAAGCUAAAUGAAAGAGCUGCAAGAUUUUCAAAAGAUCUAAAUGAUAGUAAAAAGAAAGAUGAAAGUAUAAACGCAGAACCGAAGUCGCCUAGAGAAGAAGGCGAAUUGACUCCAGUGCUGGAAACUAAAAAGUCGAAACAUACUACGAUUGUUAUAAAUCGUCCAAAGGAAAUCACGAGUCAACCUACUAAGCUGAAGAGAAAUACAGAUGAUCUCCCACCGUCAGAGAGAAAAAGGAGGUUAGUUUUGAAACCCAAACCUAAAGACAAAGAAGAAGAUCAGUUUAAUAUAUCCUCUCAGUCGUUAAUGCUUCUGGUGCCUGAGGUUAAAACCAUAACACCAGAACAGGUAGCGUCUUUUCCUCUCGAUGACGAAGACUUGUCCAAAUUCGAAAUGGAGCAACCUAGUGAAAUGAAUAACAAGAAAAAAAUAAAUCUGAAAACGAAAGAUAUCGUAGAAGUUAGAGUGCAAAAUGAAAAUAGACAGGUCGUCAAAAAGAAACAGAUUGUCAUAGAUGCUACGAACGAAUUAGAUGAAUUAAAAGCUGUUGGUCCAAAAUUACCGCUUCAAGAAAAUCAUAGAGUGGUAAGAAAAAUAUCGCUGCUUAAUGAAGAUGUUAAAAAGGCACGACGUUCUCCGAGUCCAUCUGGAAAGCCGGCCACAGAGGUCCUUUUUAUUACCAACCUCGUGAGGCCUUUCACUAUUCCACAGUUGAGGGAACUGUUGGCGCGGACUGGAACGAUCGCCCCGAAUGGGUUUUAUAUUGAUAAAAUCAAAUCAAAAUGUUAUGUGAAGUACACUGAUAUUGAAAUGGCUGUGGAGACGAGACAUGCUUUGAAUGGCGUCAGGUGGCCGGUUAACAAUCCUAAGAUGCUUAAAGUCGAAUUUGCCACUUCCGAGGACAUGUCUCUUGUACAGAAAUUAGCUGAAGAUGAAGUAACUGUAAAGAAACCAGAAGCUGCUGAGCCAGUUACUGCUGCCGCUGCCGGCUGGUUAUCUGAGCAAGCUGCUUUGAAACCUCAGCGUCGGGUGACGACAGCGGUGAGGGAAUGGGAUAUGGGUAAGGUAGGCAUGGGUGCGACGGAGGAGAAAAGGCAGGUGGAAGAGUGGCCUGUGAAAGCGGAACCGCCAGAGGUGAAGAGGCGGGCGGCCAGUCCUGUAGAAACUAAAUAUGAACCUCCUGCAAGAAAAAUCAAGAAGAGAGAUAACGAUGCCCCUGCCAGGCUUUUAGAUGACCUUUUCCGAAAAACAAAGGCAACACCAUGUAUUUAUUGGCUUCCCCUCACUGCAGCUCAGAUCGCAGUCAAAGAGGAAAUGCGAAGGCAGCAUAUGGCCGAGCAUGAAAGAAGGCUAGCCGAAUUAAGGAAAUCUGAUCAUUCUAGAAGAGAUAAAGAUAGGGAGAAAUCUAGGGAUUCUAGGCGGAAGAAAUAAUAAGAAAUCGGCAUGGGAGGAAAAGGAAAAAAAAAAGAGGUUUAUUAGAGAGAGAAAGAGAAAGAUAUUGCUGCUUGUUCUAUCGGCUAGAUAGCGCUGAGUGACUACUCCGUGUGUUUAGGUCCCCACAAGAGGCAGGGUAAGCCGAAACAACGGAGCCUCCCUUAUCCUUACUCCCUUGUUUUCCUUUUUCUCAUUCAACAAAUACGCUUGUAGUUUAGUUAUUAUCUUGUUUUUGUUUUUAUACUCUUUAUUUCUUUUCACCUUUUUUUUUUUUUUUUUUUUUUUUUUCAUUCAAUUUCAAUCAUAUUUGGGUGAUCAUAUCUGGGUUUUCAAGGGUAAUCAGAGAAAAAAAAAAAAGAGUUAAACAGGUUUCCUCUACUAUUAGGCUUGUCAAGAGAUGGUAAGUAUUGUUGUUGUUUUUUUUACAGCUCUAGAGCGUUUUCUUUACAGGUAGCACAGAUUAGGCCUCGCUCCGGCCUGUCAGCUGGAUCUCGCUCGAUCGAUGCUGCUAAUCUCACACAGUGCCUGUGUUCAAGUCUUAAUUCACGCACACACUCACACACCGAUUGAUUUAUCUUGAGGAUACGAAGUAGAGUUCGUGGGCAUUUCUUCUUCUUAAAUGGCGGCUUAAUCGGGAAGAAUGUCAUCAUAAAAAAAAAAAUAGAAAAAACACAGCAUAGAUGAACGGCGAUAUAACAAAAGAAAACAAUACUGGACAACUUGAAGUUUUGUGUAUUGCUCGAGAUGUCAUGAAAACAACUUUAUACUUAAGAAGCCAAUAUGAAAAUUAUCUUGAGGGAGAAACUCUUUAUAUAUAUAUAUAUAUAUAUAUAUAUACAUAUUUAUAUAUAUGCACCAUUUUGUUUGAUGAAAAAUGUUUUUGAAGCCACUGAAAAACACGAUAUCAGUGAUCGAAUGUAAAAUAGUGUCUUGAUUGACUUUUGUAUAUUUGAAUUAGUUGUGAAUAUAUUUAUUCACGUGCACAUUUAAUAUGUAAAAUAAAAAGUUUUAUUUAGAUAUUGUCACUUCUUCUUAAUUUAAAAAGAAAAAAAAAAUCCUUUCAAGCCUAAUUGACGUUGAUAAAAUAUUUCAAGCAUUAAUAUGUUUACUCUUAUUUUAUAAUAUAAUUUGGUUGCAGACGAAGUUAAUAAAAGUCCAAAAAAGAUCUGAAAUUUUAAAUUUUUACUUUAAAAAAAUUUUAAUUUCUACAUUAAUAAGAAAUGUAUUAUAUUUUUUUAUUGUCUACCAUGACUGUGACAGACCAUUACAUAUUUCAGUUUGAAGUUUCAUUUAUCUAAAAUGUUCAUAUAGAUCUAAACAGAAUAAAUUUAUAUAAUAACCUAUAUCAUUUUUAUUAUUUUUUACC